AUCCAGAGAAGUACCUGAAGAAGGGGCCUGCUUAUGUUGAUGGAAACUGCACUUACUUUGCUGGGAAAGACUUUGUCGACUUUGGGAGUAUGGACUGGGAACGAGUGUUGGGGAAGCAUGGGAUUCAAGAUCCUACCCGUGUCCUUGUGUUCUUUGAUGACCAUCAAAAUGAACUUAAAAGAUUAAAGCAAGCAGUGAAAGCUGGAUUCAAACAUCUAGUUUUCGAGGACAAUUAUGAUACUGGAACUGGAGAUCAUUAUUCCUUAAGGCAAAUAUGUGAUCAACCGUACAUUAGAGGUGGUGGGCAUAGCUGCUUCAGAGAUAGCGAUGAAGCCAGGAUAAGGUAUAGAAGGAGGAAAUUCUGGGAGAAAGCAGUUGAUACGGACGAGUUGUGUGGACCGGGAGAAGCAUGGUGGGGCGUGAGAGGCUACAUGCGCGACGACUUUAACCACAGCAACAAGGCAAUCACCUACGAUGAGCAUUUCCAGAAUAGCAGAUUUGUGGAGUCAGUGUUGGAUGUCUACUGGGAGGUGCCCCCAGUUGCUGGCCCUUCUCUUACUCAUCAGACAAGGUAUGAACCCGCACGGGCGCCUAGCCCUAUUGUCAAAGAUGGUCGAUUUGCCUUGUUUCAACGGCUGGGCUUAACACGAUUCGAGCCCUCUGUGUUCAACGGGUACACUCAAAUGGUGUAUGUUCAGAUUAGUUUUCAGGCUAUGAAUACCUUCCACAAUAUAUUUGUUAUAGAAUUUCAGUGCCGUAGUAUUUAUUUGAUCCUCUAGAAAUCGCAUUUU